UAGAGAUUAUUUCAGGAAUUUUUCACCAGGACGUACGCCCAAAACUCAUUCGCAGAAAAGUGACGAAUUAUCGGAAAUAUUUUGACAAACUUUUUUAGCAGAAGAAACGUGACGAAAUAUAUAGUUAGGAUAUUUUAAAGUUAAAACAAUUUGGAAGUUAUUUUAUUAUUUAAGCGCCGCGACCUGCUCCCAUUAAAUAAUUUGUAAUCGUGACGCGACGGUGUCAGAUGAUUUUCUAAAUCAAAUAUUAUUUAGGCGGUGAUAUGAACUGUGAACAUUUGAAACAAUAUUUGGCGAGUUUUAACAAAUGAUACGGGAUAAAUUUCAGGCAUCUAAUUAAUUUUAAUUAAAAGUGUAAACUGAUAUAUACUGCCAGACUCUAUGAUAAAAUGUCGGAUGUGACGGGAUUUGGGUUAUUAUUUCUAUGUGUUGGUUUUAUUUUACUACAGAAAGGUUCAAUUUCAGCGGUACCGGCGAGAACUACGCCAUAUCAAGUCCCUGAAGUUUGUAAUGAGGGGAUGAGUCCAUGUCCUUAUAGUAAAGAAUGUCGAAUGGACCUUAAAAACUGUCCAACUGAGUCUCCAGUAGAGCUUCAUUCUCCGUCCUAUUCCACCAAUGACGUAACAACUGACAGUCUACAAAUAACAACUGAUUCUUUGUACAUUAAUCGCACUCUCGAUACGUCAUCAUAUGGCACGGACGUCUUAACUUCCACAGAACCAGAUGUGACCGAUGAGAGUGUAGAUUCAACGACCCCGCCCGUUGAUGAACAGACUACAGAGGAUACUACAGAGGAUACAACACAUGGGCGAUCAGCUGCAGAAACUUCAACUGAAGCAUUGAUGACGUCCACAGUACCUGAAGAUACGGAAACAACUGUGGAAGCAAAAACAACGAAAGGUUUGGAUUCACACGAAACGACACCAACCAAUGGUAGUUUUUCAUCUGAAUUAGAGACAACAAAUCCAUCAGCAUCUGACGCAACUUCAGCAUUUACCGUAAACCUAAUUGAGCCAAGCCGAACUAGUCCAUCUUUAUCAACGCGUAUUACAUCUACAUCCCCACCUCCACUGCCUUCACCCGAAUCAUCCCCAGAGUCAACGUAUCCGCUGGAACCUAAACCCGAAGAAUCAGAUAAUAGUACAUCUGCUCCAUCCUCAUAUUCUGUUAUUCUUGUCUUUAAAGGUUGUUUACAAGAAAAAGAAAUAUUUAAAAAUGCCGUAAUAGCAGACUUAUCAAGAAAAAUGGACGAUUUCUCGGCAACCAUGGGAAAUAAAGGCGGGAAGUAUGAGGUUUAUAUAUUUAAUGUUAACGCUGUAGGAGGCCCUGAUAACCGGACAAUUACAACAGAAGCUUCUGUGGUGGAAUAUUCAGUUAAUUCAACAGAAAAAAGAAUAGUUCCACCAAGUGAGAUUUUAUCAGCGUUAAAUAUGAAACCGAGUGGUAAAAUAUUUGUAACACAGAAUGGAGGCUUAGAUUUUAUUUGUGCCUAUCCAAGUAAAGAUGAACCAUGUACAGAUUUAACUCGCCAUGUUGACAAAACUAUAAUACAUGGUGGAUUGUUUGAACAUAACAAACUUUUAUUUAUCGCCAUAUUUGUUGUCGCCUCUCUCGGACUCGUUUUAAUCACCAUUGGGUUAAUAUACAUCCGGUGUCGUCAGCGUCGCUGUUCUACCUACGUCACCCAGGAAAAGGCACGUCUAGCCCAGUCUACAGAAUGUAUUGGUGUAAAUAAUCCACUCACAGAUAGCGACAUACUUAGAGAAGAAUUUGAAACGAGUCUGAAUCAGAAUGGUGCGCCACCUAUAAAAGCAGAGGAAGGAUGGAUUAUCCCCCUUGAUCAGGUUCCGGAAAGGAGAAAUUCUAAAACGGAAGAUACCAAAUUAUAACAUUCAAUAAUACGUCCAUAAUCAUCCUUUGUCCAAGCAUCACCAGAGCACCGUUUCCUCAAAUAAUUAGAAUCUUUUUCAGAAAAUUAAUGGCAAAAUUAUUUUCAAAUUUUUGACUGGUGGACAUAGAUAUAAAAGUCAGUGGUUUAUAUGUUAUUUUGAAUCGAAUUUAUCACAGAAUUAGCAUAGAAAAAAGGAAAUUAUACAUACGAUUUACAAGAUACAGUAAAGAUUUAUUUUCUUAAGGAAAAAAUAUCUUCAUAGAUAUUAACAACAUACAUGUACUUACAACGAUCUUUAUAGAUAAAUUAACACAUAACUUACAAUCCUAUUUAUUGAUAAAUUAACAUAACAAAUUAACAUUCAAUCACCUUUAUAGAUAAUUUAACACAAGACAAUAAUUUUAUGGGUGAAUUAACACAAGACCUGUGAUCAUCUUUAUAUAUAAAUUAACACGUACCAUCAUCUUUAUAGCAACUUUAACACAAGUCCUACAGACUUUUAAUCAUCUUUAUAGAUACAUUAUCAACAGACUUAUUCGAUACAUUAACACCAGACUUAAUAGAUACAUUAUCAACAGACUUAUUAGAUACAUUAUCAACAGACUUAUUAGAUACAUCAACACCAGACUUAACAGAUACAUUAUCAACAGACUUAUUAGAUACAUUAACACCAGACUUAAUAGAUACAUUAACACCAGACUUAAAAGAUACAUUAAAACCAGACUUAAAAGAUACAUUAACACCAGACGUAAUAGAUACAUUAACAUCAGACUUAAUAGAUACAUUAACACGAGACUUACUAGAUAGAUUAACAACGGGCUUAAUAGAUACAUUAACAACAGACUUAAUAGACACAUUAACAUCAGACUUAAUAGAUAUAUUAACACGAGACUUACUAGAUACAUUAACAACGGGCUUUAUAGACACUUUGACACAAGACUUACAGACUUACAAUCAUUUUUAUAGAUAAAUUAACACAGGACUUACAAUCAUCGUUAUUUGCACUUUAAUGCCAAUCCUACAAACUUAAAAUCAUCUUUAUACAUUAACACCAGACGCGUUUCAUACAUUAAUACCAGACUAAAUAGUAGAUGCAUUUACACCAGACCUAAAAGAUACAUUUACACCAGACUCGGUAGAUGCAUUUACACCAGACUUAAUACACACAUUAACACCAGAUUCAGUAGAUGCAUUUACACCAGACCUAAAAGAUACAUUUACACCAGGCUUAAUAGAGACGUAAUACUAAUAGAUACAUUAACAACAGACAUAGAAUCAACGUCUACAUGAAAGACUUAUAGUUGACUGGAAAAACAAGGGUCGAUUUUAGUGAUACAGAAAUAUGUAUUUGUAAAUAAUUUAACUGUGGAACAGCAUUUUUAUGUACAUUACAAAUUGAAUUUGCGAGAUAUUAAAAAUGUAUGUAAUGGUGUGCAUUUGUUUCGGUAAUAAAUUUCGUGUGAAUGAUAUUAUAACCUAUAUUCUACAGCCGUGAUUCUCAACCACUGUGCCGCGGCACACAGGUGUGCCAUGAGAUCUUCCUAAGUGUGCCGCAAAAUUUUGAACAGCACAAUAAGACUACGGUUGUAUGCCGUCUAUGACUUGCCAUGUUUUUAUUUUGCAAAAUUCAAAUAUAUUUCAUAUAUAUUUAGCCAGGUGUGGCGCUAUUUUUUCAUGUGUUCCAAAGUGUGCCGCUGGCAAAAAAGGUUGAGAACCACUGUUGUACAGAAUAAAAUCCUAGUCACGUUUUAUCGAAUAGUGUGCGGAUACAUUUAGAGAAAGUUGUGUAAAUAAAUCAUCCAGUGGAGUGUAGAGAGUUGGUGAUGUCUGAGAUCAACUCCUUGAUUGUUUGCCCACAAGGCUUAAGUAUAGGAGUCGCGGGUUCGAUCCCGGUGUUGGCCGAGAAAGUUCAUCGGGAUUUUCCGUCGUGGUUUCCCCUUGUCAGUGGUUCAGAUGGGACGAAAAGCCAAGGCGUGAACGUAAAAGUUGCUUGACAAUUGGAAUUCGUUAUAAGUACGGUAGUUUUUACCACAAAGUUAGCAUGUGGUGAUUUCAAAUUAAAAAAAAAAUAUAAUAAUUUCACUCUUCGGUUGGACUUCCCCUUGAAAUGAACGUCCGGGGCCAUCGCUCUCUCUACACCCCACUGAGUUCAUCUUCAUUAUAUUUUGUGCUUUUAUCAACUAUUUAUCUUAUAUAAUGCUUAGUGGCGCUAUCAUUUAUAUAUUUGUUCCCAUUUAUACAAUCUGAUUAAAACACAGAUCCUAUUUCGCUCCGUAUUUUAUAGUUCAAAAUUUUUAUUUUAUUUGCCUGAACUACACUAGGAUCUGGAAGAGCUGUUAUAUAACAGGCGUUAUGGAUGGCGUUAGGGAUUAGCCAAUGAAACCAUCUGUUACGGCGACUUCUUGGCUGCCAUGCACGGAACUGUAGGUAAACCACUAGAAACGUCAACACAGAUUGAUUAAUCAAUGUCUGACGUCAUAGAGUCAAAAAAUCCUGACGCGACCUUCCAGUACUACUGGUCAGAUCUUUAUGCAGUGUAGCCAUUGAAAGUACUUAAAAAACGAAACGACAUAAAAAUCUGGGGCCUGUUUCACGAAAUUUUAACUAAGAUAAAAUCCUAAUUUUAGUAAUUUGAUUGGAUAAUAUAAGAUUGAUUAUAGUGCUUAGCCAAUCAAAAUUGAAGUAUCCACUAAAAUUGGAUUUUAUCUUUAGUUAAGAUUUCAAGAAACAGGGCCCUGUGUUUUAAUCAGAUUGCCAUUUAUACGGUUUUUGCUUGUAAAAAUGUUUAUGUAAUAGCUAUGAAAUAUUACUAGAUGUUAUGUUCGUUCGGGAAACACGGUGACUCAAUGAGUAUGACACUUGCUGAACGUCUUGGUUGAUAUAGUUUCCCGGCCAACACAAAACCAUGGGGGUCCCGUGUACACAUUGGCUGGUACGCUGAAGAGCCCUUGAGAGAGUUGUCAGUCAACGAAUUGAAGACCAGGCGGAAACACCGCUGUUACCAGGCAAAAUGUUCCUUAUAGCACACCGUUUUCCGGUUUUCAUAAGCCCGGUUGGUGCAGAAAAGUGGACCGUUAAACCCCAUUUUAUUUUUUUGUUUUUUUUUGCGUGGGUUAUUUUGAUGGUCACUCAACUAACAUCUAAUCCUUGCACGGCAUUUAGUAACUGAACAUAUAAUAUAAAUACACUAAUUUAUAUGGACUUGAGAACAAGAUGAACUUGUUGAAACGUUGUGUGAAAUAAACUCAGUGAUUGUUUUCCAUAUAAAUUUGUGUUUUAUAUUAAAGUUUUAAACUAACAUCUAAACAUAUAUUUAAGAAAAUGGCGAUCUGAACGGACGCAAAAUACCUUUGACCUUGAUCAUGUCUAUACGUCGUAUAAUGAAAUUAUUUGAAGAUUUUCUAUAAGCUUAUUAUAUUUAUAAAAAUAUCUAUGUUUUAUAUAGAAUGUUUUAACGUGUGUUAUAUAUAAAUAUCAUAAUAUAUUGUAAUAUCAUCUUAAUAAAA